AUGCAGCAAAUUUCAAGCAAGACACAAGUUCAACCAGGAUUAAACCCUCCCAAAAUUCAACCGCUGCAGAAUACAACUCGGCCCUCGGCCCCCGUAAAGCGCGGAAGCUCGGACAGGUCGGGAUUCGCCAACAGACCCCAACCACAAAGCCCUCGUCAACGUGGGAAGCCAAGAGCAGGACCGCCUCGAAUUUCCCCCAGGGCUCCUUCUGGUCCCGCUGAGAGACGCAAUUUACCCGCAACGGAACGCAAUGUCCCGGUGACGCAAAAUAUCGCGACCAUUAUUCAGCGCCCACGCAUCCCCGACUCGGUGAUAGCGAGACGAAAGGAACCCCCACCUCAUGAGGUCAAUUGCAAGGUAGGGCAAACCAUAAACCGGGCAUGGGAGGAAUAUUCUGCUAACUCCCCAUUCUUAUUCAAGCUGAUGUUUCACUGGCCUCCCGAAGAUGGCCUGACUAUGAAAAGUUGCUUUGGUGCAGAUCUUGAAGACCUGGAUUCUCUGCGAAAAACCUGGCGGGUCCAUAUCUACAUCCAGCAUGAUCUCAAUAAUUAUCUCUGUGUGGCCAGUGAUCAAAGCUUCGAUCGAAAGGAAAUGGUUCAAAUUCUCCACAAAGUUGUCAUCUCAAAGUCCAAUGGAAUUCACCAGCCGACUCUCCAAAAAGAUCCAAACAAUCAACUUCAACCCCUACAAACCGAAAGGAAUAAACACAAGGCAGCUGCUCCAUCCGUCGAGAAUCUCAUGUCAGGUGUUCAAGCAGUCAAUCAUAACCUCAUUCGCAGCCAUCUUGACCGAUGCCUGAGCCUGAUCAAAUACGUUGAUGCCCAGGUUGGCGUCAGAGUCAAAUUCGGGACUUUCAUAGUGAGCCGAUGGAAAACUCCAGGCGGCUCAGCCAGCUAUCCGCUACAUAAAUUCCCAGAAAUGCUUCGAGAUGAAAAAUGGCAAGGGCGUCUCGUACCAGGCCUCAGCCUUAGCCAAGCCAACCUCCUCAGGCGAUGCUUGCAAGCCCAGGAUACCCUCCUUCCCAUGGGAACAGCAAAAGGCAUCCCCAACGCAGGACUAAGCCCCGACACAAUGAGAACUCUGCACUCAGCGAGCUUCGAAUUUGCACGCGCUGAAAAAUCAACAACCACUUUCCGCUUGGACGUCAAUUUCAACCAGGACCAUAGCGCGAUUGAAUCCGGAUCGGCUCAAUACCGCUGGUUCAAGACGCCAACAGGGGCUACACGCCUGCCACCGCUUCAACUUGCUAUGAUCGAUUUCGACAGGGCCGACUGGGAGAUCGGACUAGAUUUCUUGGAGCCAUUAGCCAAAGAAGAUCUCAGUGAAGCUCAGAUUGAGUUUGCAAAUAACGUGAAGCUUGAUCCCUUCCGCGGUGCAGCCCCAAUCAGCUCACAACCGAGACGGAGGGUCAUGUUCUCGGACACUGCAUUGAUUUCGAAGCUAAUUCAAAAGACCGCCAUCCAGUUUAAAGUUACAGGCACAGACUACGUGCUGGAAGUGGGCCGGUUUGAAGAAUCUCAAUACUCUUUGACAGGUCGUACGCGGUGGACGCCGCCCAGCAUCCAAUGGGGCGCUUGCGUCACAUCUCCGCGAUGGAAUAACCUACUUAAUGACAAGAAAAAAAGGCUGGAUAAGUUAGGGCUUGGUUCACUUUUCCCACGCGUGAGCGACUUUCAUGACUUUUUAAAGAUUGUCAAGAAGAUUUCCGAGAUACUCGGCCCAAUGCCGCAAUCAGGAGACAGUGAUGAGGGAAAUGGAGACCUGGCUGGGGUUUUAGACUCCGAGCUUGGGACAUUGUUCUGA